GUGAGCUGUGAUUGGUCACAGCUUGUCACAUGGUACAAGGCUGUUGUGAAUAGCCUUGUACCAUGUGACCUCUGUGAUCAUUCACAGAUUUCACACGUAGUAAGCAAUGAUGUCACAAGUGACAUCUUGCUUACUACUUUGCAUGUGAUCACUGAUAGGCCAAUCAGUGAUCACAUGAUCAAGACCUUGUACAGAGGUCCCGUCCGACGAUCGGUGUUUCACUGUGUCCGGAGGACACAACAGGCACCAGUUCGCGUGUGCUGCGUGCUCCCGGGGAGCGCGCACAAGCAGGGGUCGGGUGGCCGUUUAUAA